AUGAAACUUCAGGAUCUUCUUCUCUUUGCGGUAUUCGCAAUUUUCAUAAUCCAAGUUCAAGCCAAUUUCGAUGAAUACGAGAAUUAUGAAUACGAUUUCCCUGAAUCUUGUGAAGAACUGUUCGAUACCGAUUAUUGCAACGAUUGUCAAAAACUCAUGUGGAGUCAUUUCAAAGACCCUGGACAAUGUGCUACGGCUAUCAAUUUAGGAAAGAAGAUUUACCAAGCUAUCAAGGAUGCCAAUGAUACACCGAAACCUUAUGAACUUCAAUACUUUGAGGAAGGCCUUGUGGACUACUGUCACCAAGGAUUCGAUUGUAAACAAAACGAAGUCGAAAAGAUUUACAACAACAUUCAAGAAGUUUGUUACAAAGAAUUAUCGGUUAAAUUCGAUUGGAGUGCUGAUCCUAGAACUUUCACUGAUAAGACCGCUUACGCCGCUUAUGGAACCUUACUCGUUUACUACACUGGAAUCCCAAGUCAUGAAGCUCUCUGCUUAAAGGAAAAUGGUGGUGAAUACUGCAGUAUCAAAUUCGUCAGGAAAUUCGUUAAUUGGAUGAAGGAAGCAACUAACGCUGAUCCAAAGGCUAUUGUAACUCAUGAUCACAAAUUCGUCAUCAAAGGAGAUGGAACGAAAAUCCCUGUACCAAAAUCAUUCCAAUGCGAUCCAUGCUGGAGAAAGAUGGUCAAGAUUUUCAUUGAUUACUUCAAAGAACAUAAAUUGAAGGAAUCCGUUCAAGAUAAUAUUUGGGGUGAUGAGCACGAAGGUCUUCCAGAAUGUGGUAAUAAACGUGGAUUGGCUUUCGUUUUACAUCCACGGCCACAUUGUAAUUUCGCUAUAUAUUUGUUUUCGAUAAUUGUAGUUGACCAAGAAUCUGGAUUUUUGGCCAACAAGAACAUCUUUCACUUAAUGAAAUUGAAGUGGAUACAUGCACAACAUCCUAGCAUUAGUAAAAUUCCGCGUACUUUAAAAUUUUUUAUCAAGAUAGUUAGAGGAUCAGUACUGAUGAAAUUGACUCGUCUAUUGUAUGAUUCGCAUCAAGGCGGAGGAUUUCAAGCAGAUAGAGCCGAAAGACGAGAUAAUCUUUCCUCUUCUCCACUACCAUAUCGACUCGACUCGCUUCAAGGAGGAGAAUGUCAAGCAGGUCUAAAUGAUUACAGCAAUUUUCACUUUUUGUACGGCAAUUGGUUAUGCCAAUGGUCAAGAAAAUGUAGAAAUGAAGUUGGAUGGCAAAUCCAAUAUCCUCAGAAAUCACUUGAAACGUUUCUAAAGUUACCUCCAAGACUUCAACACGCUUUUUUCACCAAGCCAUGCGAGAAGUGCAAAAAUAGGAGCCUGAUAACGAGCUUCUUUUUAUACGACCAACCACCAAGGCAUUCAAACAGUGUGCCUACCAUCGAGAUCAUCUGUCACCUAGAAUGGAACAAUCACUAUAGAGUGAUCUCCGAAUGGAAAUGUGAACCGUUUUCUCAUAAAUGGCAUAGCUCUUACACUUGGAUAUCACUCCGAAAGUAUUUAGAGCAAACUCCAGCAGUUUAUUUUAGUCCAAACGAUUUUUACAAGCAAAAGUGUUUUGCAUGCAAAAACUUUUGCAAAGAGAAGAAUUGCGUAAAAAUGCGAAAAAAAUGCAAUGCAUGCAAGGAUAAACGCGAAAGAUGCUUUGAAUGCCGUGAUAAACGCAGAAAUUACACGGGAUGCAAGAAAUGCGACCAUGAUGGAAUCAUCUUGAAUUACGAACCUUUAGUACGUUCAUAUUUGAAUGGCACAUCUCAUAAAGAAGAUAUAUGUGCAAAAUGCAUUGCAGGUGUUCGCUGUAUUCAAACCGACUACUUUCACCGUAUUCAGCGAGAACGAAUUAUUAACUAUUAA